AGAGUUCGGCUUUGGAGGGGGAAGAGCCGUGGCCCUGCUGCUCGGGACGUCGGCCUCGUCCUGUGCGCCCCCGUGCUGGAGUUGGCUGCGGCUCCCACUUUGGGAAAGGGAAGGGCUAUGAAGUGAUGGGAAGAUGGCGAGCGACGGGGGUAGGAAGCAGUUUUGGAAGCGGAACGUCUCCCGGGUGCCGGGCAGUAUCCAACACGUGUAUGGAGCUCAGCACCCUCCUUUUGAUCCGCUGUUGCAUGGAACCUUAAAAACAGGAGUGAAGCCACCAACUACCCCAGUGAAACUGAAAAAAGUCAGCACGUUUCAAGAAUUUGAAAGCAACACAAGUGAUGCCUGGGAUGUUGGGGAUGAUGACGAUGAACUCUUAGCGAUGGCUGCAGAAAGCCUUAACACUGAUGUAGUCAUGGAAACAGCUAACAGAGUAAUUCAGAAUCACAGUAAAUUACAAGAACAGCACAAAUUGCAGGAGGAACAGGUGGAAAGAGAACAACCACAGCAGCUUUCAGACCUGCCCUCAGCUGCGUGCGGUGACAACAGGCUGGUUAAAUCUGUCAGUGAAAGCAACACAUCAAAUUCCGCAGAUAAUGCUAAUGAAAGUGCUUCCGUGCCAAGAUCUCAGUCCCUUCCGCAAGCCUCAACAGGUGCUCUGGUGGGUGAAAUGGCAGAUCACAAUACCUCAGGUGUUCCUGUACUAUCUGAAAGAGAAGCAUCACGAUUAGAUAAAUUCAAGCAGCUUCUUAGUGGCCCAAACACAAACCUUGAAGAAUUGCGGAAAUUGAGUUGGUCAGGAAUCCCGAAACCAGUACGGCCAAUUACAUGGAAGCUUCUUUCAGGUUACCUUCCUGCAAAUGUAGAUCGGAGAGAAGGUACUCUACAAAGGAAACGAAAAGAGUAUUUUGCUUUCGUUGAACAAUAUUAUGAUUCAAGAAAUGAAGAAAAUCAUCAGGAUACAUACAGACAGAUUCAUAUAGAUAUUCCUCGUAUGAGUCCAGAAGCUUUAAUUCUUCAACCCAAAGUAACAGAGAUCUUUGAAAGAAUUUUGUUUAUUUGGGCAAUACGUCAUCCAGCCAGUGGAUAUGUUCAGGGCAUCAAUGACCUUGUUACUCCUUUUUUUGUUGUCUUCGCUUGUGAAUAUACGGAAGAAGAAGUGGAAAAUUUUGAUGUUUCCAGUCUGCCUGCUGAAGUACUGCAGAACAUUGAAGCCGACAGUUUCUGGUGCAUGAGCAAACUGCUUGAUGGCAUUCAGGAUAACUACACCUUUGCUCAGCCAGGUAUUCAGAAGAAAGUGAAAAUGUUAGAAGAACUCGUUAGCCGGAUCGAUGAUCAAGUGCAUAGACACUUAGAACAACAUGAAGUGAAAUACCUUCAGUUUGCUUUCCGCUGGAUGAAUAACUUGUUGAUGAGAGAAGUUCCCCUGCGGUGCACCAUAAGGCUUUGGGACACAUACCAGUCUGAACCAGAGGGGUUUUCUCACUUCCACUUGUAUGUCUGUGCUGCAUUCCUUGUCAGAUGGAAGAAGGAGAUCCUAGAGGAAAAAGACUUCCAAGAACUAUUAAUCUUUCUACAGAACUUGCCCACAAUGCACUGGGGAAAUGAAGAUAUCAGUGUUCUUCUUGCAGAAGCCUACAGACUGAAGUUUGCAUUUGCAGAUGCUCCCAAUCAUUACAAGAGAUGAAAGAACAAGCAACCAUAUACAGCUGAUCUACUUGUUAUGGCAUAGUAUCGUUUUCUUUAUGCUGACACACAGUUAAACGUGUGUAAUUUUAAUGAAAUGUUCCAUUAUAAUUCGACAAGAAGUUAUGUGAUUAAUGGAUUACCAAAGAACUCGGCCACACAGGCUAUUGUGAAGACCAUGUUGACUUAAAAGUGAACAGUCGUACUCCGCGUCCACAGAAAAGCUGCAAGUUCAAUUUCUUUUUCAUCCUCCCUUUUUCCUUUGGUAAUUGAGUUACUAUGUGUUAUAUUCAUUAGUUACUAUGUGAAUGAAGAAAGUGUGUUACGUUCAUUGGUAUCUAAUGACUGAUCGUCUUGUUUCCAUGAGCUUUGUUCCUAGUCAAUUAUGUUCGUUUUUUUGAUGGAAAUAUUUCUGAUGUGCUUGUCAGCUAAUAGGAAUAAUCAGUCUUGCAUUAAAAAUGAGGACAAAUAAAUCAGGCGGUAAGGUCACAUAGGGGUAUUAUGGGAUUGUUUUUAUUUUAUCUUGACACACAAAAUAUUUAAAUGCCUUUAAUGUUGUAUUUGCUUAAACAGUGAAACCCAGUAAUGUAGUGUUUAAUGGAACACAACUUCUGGCACUUGAAAAGAAUGCCAUAUACAUGAUCAGAAAAGAUCCCCAGAUACAUUGUGGUGUGCUGACAGUGUUUAAUAAUUUUCACUUUAGAGUUUCUGAAAUAUACUGACUAUAAAAUAAGAAAUAGAUUUCUUCUACCAUACUAAUGUAUUCAUAAUUUAAUGCUUUAAAAGUAUCAAAUAUUUGUCAGUAUGUAGACUUUUUAUCUUCAAGGAUUCUUUCUCCCUAAUUAGAAUCAUAGUUUAGAGUCAAGAAUAUAUUUGAAUAUGUUAUUGCCUUAUCUUGAAUUUCUAACACGAUAGGAAACACUUGACAGGAAAGUAGUGUAUGCAUGUGAUACCUUUUAUCCUCAGCACUUCCAGACAUAGGUGGCUUGAGUGUGGUUAGGUAGCACAGAAGGGGUCAAUUACCUGAUGGCCAACAGCCACAAUGCUGCCCCACCCUUUGGCAUAGAAGAAUGGAUUUUGCACUGUAUGGGGCAGGGCUUGGGAAGUUGGCGGGGAUUCCUCAGUUCCAGGACCGGACUGCUUUCCUCACUGAUCAAGUUUAAUUUGUUUAAACCUCAGCCAUUCAUAUAGAAAAGUGUAUCAGUUUAUCUGGUACCUUUCAGAGGCAUAGAAUAGGGUUUUGCACAAACUGGUCUCAUUUAAAAAGUGCUAACAAAAUGGAAUAAACCUUAUUUUUGCGAGUAAGUUAUUUACAGUUCUAAAUAGAAAGCUCAACCAAACAUAAGGCCUGUUUAUUUAAAUAGCAGAAUCAAGGGGGAAAUGCUUUUCCUGUGCUGUACCACUUCAGGCUAAAAGAGGGGGUACUUAAUGUUUGAAUAUUCUCCAGGAAAAAAAAUCCCUACACAUAAGAUUCUAGUAUACCCCUGAGAAAGCUAGGCUGAACUUUUGCCUCUGAUAUGUUAGAUCUCAAUGUGCAGGGAGGGUUGUUGGGAAAGCAUUCAGGGAUGCCACCAUGCAUCUACUGGAGCAGGUAUAAACUGUGAAAAGCUUUUUAUCUCUCAAGUCUGCAAAUUUGAUCAACUUGGUCAUACAUUAACCUAUACUAUAAAUGGAAUCUCUUACUUUAAGGAGCUCUUCAAGUGUGCCUUUAACUCCUUUUGUUUUGUUUUUUAUGCCUUUCAGUUUGGUUAUACACGUUAACUUCCUGUUUGCCAUGUGUACAGAUACCUGCAUAUACAAGAAUUGCAGGCAAUAGAGCUCUUUAAUGACAUCCCCCAAUUUAUUUUGGAGGAUUCACUUAAAAAUGUAAUAGAUGCUUGUUUCUAAGAGGCUACAAAAAUUUCUCAAGUUUUAUUUUUCUUAAGUUAUUAUAACUAGCAGAUUAUUUACAAGUGUCUUACUGUUAAUCCAUGCAUUUGGAUUGCUUUGGGAAAUUUGACUGUAAAAUACAAUAUAAUCCCAGUUUGAAGUCCUCAUUUUCCGACACAUUGUUCAGUAGCUUUAAUGAAGUAAAAUAAGUUUACCCUUUUAAUUUCAUAACAGAGAAGGGUGGAGUCUUUUAUGGGAAUAACAUUAUUGAGAGAUUGCAAGCCAAUAAUAAAGGUGAUCUGAUGCUGCUGCAUUCCCUAAGAGAUCAUAAUGCACCAUUGGGGGGGGGGGGGAAGCAUCUUUAUUAUUGCUUCUCCUAUCUUCUGUGCACCAAUGUCCUGUGCGUGGGACUCUGGGGCCAGUGCAGCUUUAGAGGGCAUUGCCAUAGGCUGUCAUAAAGUUAUUACACACUAAUAAUGUAAUGGAGAUUAAAUUCUGUGGUGUGGUCCGGCAUGUCUAAAGAUCAUAGGGUAUAUAUGUCUUUCUCGAACAUCAGAAGACUUUCUAAUUUUAAGUUUAGUGUAUGAUUUCUGUGUAACAGUUAUCACUUAAGUUUACAGUGUCAUAUUGUGCCUAACAAAACUUCUUCCAAUAAUAGAACAUAAAAAGCAGAAAAGUAAAAUACAUAAAACCUGUUGAUGUCAUUCUAUUAACUAGUAAGAAAAAAUGAUAAGCUUCAGUGUGCAUGAAUAUGAAAAGUUUUAAUUAGCUUAUUUGCAUAGGAAUUUCAGUUAUGAGAAAUGGGUCCAGAGGAAUUUGAUGUGUUAGAUGCUAUUAGACAACAAAAUGUGAAUUUCUUAAUACACACACAUCUUCCUUUGUAAGAUCCAUUUCAGUUGACUUAUUGCACCUUCCAAGCUCUGUUAGGAUCUGUACUGCUUCACAUUUAAAAAUUAAGUACUAUAUCAUGUUGCAAAAAGAAUCUGGAUGGGUGAGGGGGGAAAAAAGCUUGAGCACAUUGGUAAAUGAGGGUAGAGAUUUUCCUAAAUGCAUAACUUGCAUUCUUGUUUUUUUAAAAAUGGGGUCUUUUACAGAAAGUUCAAAUAAUCUCACAUAUGUAUACAUAUUAUAGAUUCCCUAUACAACUUUCUCUUAAAAGGGAAUUAUACUUAGUUUUUGAUAGUUUUUUGUAUCUCAGGUAAAGUGCCAUCCCAACCAAAUGUUACAUGAAAUAAAUAUUUCUGCCAUUUUACACCCCUUUGUUAUAAUUAGGAAAAUAAAAAUAAAAUUGAUAUCAGUACAGAUAUUCGUAUGUUAAUAUUUUUCAGUAUAGAAAAGAUAUCUGGACAUGUCAUUCAUGUAGCCUUAUUUGUAAUUUCAUAGAGUUCAUAGGGAAGUCUGAAGGCUCUGCGGUCAUAAAUGCAAUAUUAAAUAAUAUCUGUAACAAAAGAACUGUACAGUGCAGAUAACCAAUUUAUAUCUAUGGUAUAUGCUUAAAAAUGUAAAUAGCAAGCAAUGUAUUAAAAUGUAAAUAUAAUAUAAGGAAGGAAUAUAACUAUCUUGCAAUCAUCUGUACAUCUCAAUUAUAUUAUAUCUAACUAGUUUCACUAGUCUUUAAUUUCAUAUGGAAAAGCCCAUAGAUUUGUAUUUAACUUGAGAACUCUACAAUAAAAUGUAAGUACACAAAA